AUGGCAACGUUAACUCCACCAACAUUGCCACCUUUCAAGCACAUAUUUUCUCCAAUAUCCUCCACGACUACUUCAAGUUCACAGAAUCCAUUUCACGAUGGAAGAUACUCACAGACAACAACAAUUCCAACUUUUUCUUCGAUAAAUUCCCAAACUCCUUCUUUUCUGUCGUCUUCGCAUAUUUCUUCACCGAUUUCUUCGCAUACAAACUCGCAGAAUUAUUAUUAUUAUCUUCAAUCAUCUAGCACCACAUCGACAUCUCCAUUUCCUGCUUAUCAGUCCCUCUCGAGUACAAAUAAUAAUACUAACAGAUCUUCCAUAAUUCCUGCUCCUACGGCUCGUCGUCUUACACAAUCAUCGCCUCAACUAUCGUCUGCUUCAUCAUCAACUAUGUAUUCCCAAGCAUCUCCAUCUAAGACGAUCUACACCAAUAACAAUUCACUUUCGUCAUCUGGAUCAAAAUUAUCUUUUAAACAAGACAUGAAUUCAUCAUCCAAGCAACAACCAUCACAACCACAACAAGAUGAUAAUACCUCCUCACGUGCAUUCCCACAUCAAAGAAGUCAUACGUCGCAAUCCAUUAUUUCGGAGCCAUUUGUCACUGUGACUCCGGAACUUAAUAACCGACCUCCAAGACGAAGGCGUCGUCCGCCUUUUUCCUAUUCAUCUCUUAUCGCACAAGCAAUUCUUGAUUCUCCGGAACGACGAUUGACUCUACGAGAAGUCUAUCAAUGGAUUAUGGAAAGAUAUCCGCAACUAUACAAGGCUGAUGAUACUGGCUGGCAGAAUACCAUUCGUCAUAAUUUAUCAUUGAAUAAAUGCUUCAAGAAAGUACCAAGAUCUGAUACUGAUUUAGUAGGACAUACAACUACUAAUUCUAGCACGACGAGUACUUCAUCAGCCGGUAAAGGUAAAGGAGGCUAUUGGACAAUUGACCCUGAAUAUAUGUCUGCUUAUCAUGACGGAGUUUUUGCCAGAGGUGGUGUGCAAAAGCGAAGACCAGGUGAAGGAAGUUCGUCAAUUCAUGGAGGAUCAUCAAAUGCGGCCGAUGAUGAUAGUUGUGGAAGUGAUUCAGCUCCCGGUGAUAGUAUGGCUGAUCUUCCACAGAUAACAACUAAUAGCGUAAAUUCUAUUACUGGAUUUUCACAAAAUAGUAGUAAUGGACAAUUGGUAUUUCAUAUGGAAGCAUGCAUCACAGAAGAAGAAUCAAAUUUCGAUUCUUCACUACAAAAAAGAUUAUCACCAUCACUGGGAUCAUUACAAUCUAAUAAAAGAAGAAAGAGUAAUGAAACAAAUGAUGAAAUAAUAAAGGAUCGAUCAAAUCAACCUCACCCUUCUCCUUAUUAUCAACAAUCACAGCACCAACAAUAUUGCCACUCGGACAAAAUUUCUCUUUCAUCAACACAUUAUUCUACGCGUAAUCAUAAUUAUCACGAUCAACUUGAAAAUAAGAUGCCGCCUUCAUC